CCAGGAUUUGAUAGGAAAAAUCUAUUGAAUAAAGUGAAAAACGAUGCCGUUUAGCUGAUAAAAUGGUCUCCAUAUCCCUCUCUAAAACCUCCAGACAGCAAGCCUCUUCCACAUUCAACACGAUGAUGAAGAAACGAUGGCCGGUGACGUCACUCUCUCUCGCCCUGAAUCAGUCAUACUGCUCAUCCACGGCAGCGUCAACGACGCCGUUUCCUCUAAAACACGUAACGAAGUCCAAUUUCGACUCCGUGCUCAGCUCGCUACGCUAUCACAUCCGCUCCGCCGAUUUCGUCGCAGUCGACCUCGAAAUGACCGGCGUCACCAGCGCGCCCUGGCGCGAAUCCUUCAAUUUCGACCGUUAUGACGUCCGUUACCUCAAAGUCAAGGACUCCGCUGAGAAGUUCGCCGUCGUUCAGUUCGGUGUUUGCCCCUUCCGAUGGGACCCAAUCAACCACUCCUUUAUCGCGCACCCGCACAAUUUCUUCAUAUUUCCUCGUCAAGAGGUUUCGAUUGAUGGCCGUGCUUAUGAGUUCCUUUGUCAGACAUCAUCAAUGGAUUUCUUGGCAAAGUACCAGUUUGAUUUCAACGCCUGUUUUCAUGAAGGGGUAUCUUAUUUAUCCAGAGAACAAGAAGAGGAAGCUCUUAGAUCCAUGAAUUCUUUAUAUGAGGAUGAGUUGUUCGAUUCAUGGCGUGACUUGAAAGAAGCUAGAGAAAUGCAAUUGGUCAACAUAGCAGAUGUUCUGUUUACUGAAAGAAUGAAGAACAGAUUGAGAGAAUGGCAUGAUCGGUUAUUACGAGAUAGAAACGGAAAGUCUGAAUUUCAGGGUAGUUUAAAUGACUCAAAACAACAGUUUCAAACGAUUUUCUGUAAGAUGCGUCCAGCAGUUAGUCUUAAUGGUUUCACUUCUCAUCAACUAAAGUUGAUUCAAUCGGUGGUAAACAAGCAUUUCAAAGAUCUUGUUUAUGUUCGUGUUAGUGGGGAAAAUUCGUGUUCACAGCAACUUGUGGUGUAUACUGAUUCAGAUGAUGAUAAGAAGUUAUUUAUGAAAGAGAUGAAGGAUGAGCGAAAUAGAGACAUAGAGAUGAAGAUAAGGGCUGCAAUUGGGUUUCGCCAUGUUAUCGACUGCCUUUCCUCUGAAAAGAAGUUGAUUGUUGGUCACAAUUGCUUCCUAGAUGUUGCACAUAUUUACGACAAGUUCUUAGGGGCUCUUCCUUUGACUGCUGAAGAAUUCAUUUCUUCUGUUAACAAAUACUUUCCUCACAUCAUUGACACCAAAAUAUUGUUGAAUUCCAAUAAUCUACUACUACAACGGAUGAAGAAAUCCAGCACCUCAUUAUCCUCGGCAUUUUCUAUAUUAUGUCCACAGAGUGCUCUUGGUUCUAAAAGCUCUCAUCUACUUGUUCAACAGCGUGUGAAAGUGGAGGUUGAAGUGGAUGAUAUGAGAUCCUCCAACUGGAACUCUGGAGUCAAGCAUGAAGCUGGAUAUGAUGCUUUCAUGACAGGGUGUGUCUUUGCUCAAGCAUGCAGUCAUCUUGGCAUUGACUUUACACUCCAUUCAUCCUCAGAAAAUUUGGCACUCAACGAAAAACUCCAGAAGCACAUCAACCUUCUAUAUCUUAGUUGGACAAAUGGGGACAUUAUUAAUCUAAGCACGGGGAAACGGAGUUCUUUAUCCUUGGUUUCUAGUAACAAAAAGUACCAGUACCCACUGAUUUUGUUCAGUCACAUUGUUCUAAUAUGGGGAUUCCCAUCCAAACUCAAGGCUUGGGAGAUUAGAGAAUGCAUCUCUAAGGCCCUCGGUUCAACCUCCGUGACUACUGUGUAUCACAUUGAUGAAACUGCAGUGUUUGUUCAGUUCAGAAAGAAAGAAAUGGUUCCCCAAUUUCUGGAGUUGAAGGAAAGUUUGGAGAAAAGUAACGACACAGUCUUGGUUUUGCAUCCUCUCGCAAAACUGUUGGAAGGUGGAAAUACUCGUGCUUCUAGUUAUGAAAUUUACAAAGAAAUCUGCAGUUCACCCAUCUCUAAAGUCUUGUUCGCUGAUCAAGCAGCAGCGGUUGGAAUCAAAUGGAAGACCAAAUUGGUAGAAUCCAAAGUAGAGGUGGGGGCUCAAGACAACAGCAAAAGUUCCAACGCAGAACAUUCACUGAAUUCUGGUGAAAAUACAAAUGAUCCAUUGCCCGGCCAAGCAUCUUCUGGUGAGAUUGAUGAUGACUUGUUUUAUGCUGCACAAAUCAAACAGAUAUGAACUAAUUUAUGAUUUAAUUAUUUCUUUCGAGCUGGUACAACAAUGAAGGUAUAGGUAGAGAUGGAUUUGAGUAAACGCAGACUCAAAUUCAUGUUUGGCUUGAAAGAGCUUCAAGCUGAACAAAAGUUGAAACUCUAGCUCAGUAAUUCGACUCGAGUUAUUGGGUUUAUAACGUUUUUGUUUACUGGCUCAAGCUCGACUUAGAUAUUCUGAAUUUGAGCUAACCCUUAUUUGUGUUUGGUUCAACUCAAAUCCUAUUCCUAAUUAUCGGAAAUCUUGUAUACAAAAUGCCAUGAUUGUAACAGUAUGUACAUCUAUGAAAACUUCUUACUAUUCUUUUUAAUUAAUAAGCUUCCAUUUUUGUA